AUGCUCUACGGCCCUAAAGUCCUUCCCGCCUUUUUUGUUAUCAUGACCGGCUGCGCUAUCCUCUGCUUCCUCCUCGCCACUGAUCCCACAUUGAGCCCCUACCACGCUGUCGUCUGCUUCGUCCUUGCUUUCGUGCGGAUCCCCAUUGCUCCCUGCUCACUUCCAUCCCCCCAAUCCUCCCCAUCCAGCCCUCCAUGCCUCUCUUUCUUCUCACACAUGGCUCUCUCCAGUCAAGUUCCUCCCCCAAUCCAGCCCUCAGUUCCCUCACCCAAACCGCCCCCCCCCCCCCCUCUGUCCUCGCAGGUGCUCCAGUCGCGUCUGACUAUAGCAAGGACAGCUUCGUCCCCCGCCCACGUGGACUUUGAGUAUUCGGACACGCUCUGUGGCACGGCAUGGCGGGACGACUACAUCCGCCUGCACUCCGCCAUUCGCUCCGCCAGUGCCGCCGCCUACACCCCUCCUCCCUCUCCCACUCCCCCUCCCCCUGCUUCCUCCCCCGCCUCCCACUCCUCCCGCCGAUUGCUCUCGCUCGCAAAUUCCCCACCACUGCCACCACCAGCCGCAGCAGCAACAGUGACAUCAGCAGCAGCAGCAGCUGCUACAUCAGCAGAAGUCUCUGAACCAAGCUUGUCAAACCAGACCCUCCCAGCUUCCCCCAUUCGCUUCCUCACGUUCGACCAAUCUGGGCACUGCGGCGGCUUCGGGGACUUCCUAGUCGGGCUCGUCUCCUCCUUCGUCGCUGCGCUCUUGGACCGCCGGGCGUUUGUGAUUCGCCACAACUGCAUCCAGUACGCGUUUGAGCCCGCAUUCAUCGACUGGCGCCCGUCCCCUGAUGUUCCCAUGGAGCCUUCUCGUCGCACGAGGAAUCUGAAUGAGUCGUUUUCGCCGGGGAUGCUUACGAAGGGGACGGGCGAGUGGGCCGAUGCGUUCAGGGCGAUGGGGUUGCGCCCACCGUACGCCUUUGGCUGCAUUCUGCGAUUCCUUGUUAGGCCCAGGAAGGAGGUAUGGCCGCUGACAGCGCGGCUGCUGCAGGAGAUGCGGGAGGUGCGGACGGUGGUGGUGGGGGUGCACGUGCGCCUGAGCGACAGUGUGGUGCGCGACCCGCACGCCACCGCCAAGAGCGUCACUCCCGCUUCCAUGGCCGCUGCUUUGGAGGCGGCUGCUCCCAUUCUCGCCUGCGCCAAGGCAGUGGAGGACAUGUGGUAUCCUCCGCCUCUCACAGUGCGCUGGAUGCUCAUCACCAACUCAAUCGACUUAAAGACGGCCAUCCGAUCGCACUUCCCCGGCAAGAUACUCGAGACAAAUUUCGUGCCUCGCCACUCACAGGCGUUCGGCAACAAGGGCAAGGAGCAGGAGAGGGAGGAGGCAGAGCAGGGCUACCGAGAGAUGGUGGCUGAGUGGCUCUUGCUGUCGUCUAGCAACUCCGUUGUUCUGCCAGUCACGCUCAUCUGCGAAAGGGAUAUUGAGCAUCGAUCUCAACGCGUGAACGAACCGAAAGCUUCACGUGAGCCCCCAUCGUCUCCGCGGGCUUCCCUCGUCGCUGUGUUCCGCAUCCCCGCCAACCCCCUCACCUCGGGCUUCGUUCGUCUAAUCGCUUCGCUGCAGGUGUUUUGGGUCCCUGUUGAUCUAUUGAGCCCCAUUGGCCGUUCACGAAUCGCAGCGGAGUAG